CUUUGAUGAACCGAUCCACUAAUUUAGCAAAAAAGGGUACAAUCUACCGAUUAUAUAAAACAGUAGGCAGGCAUAUAAGCAUUACACAUAUACUAAAAUCAGAAAGAAAAAAAAGAGAGUAUAUUUCGCUAUAGAAGAUCGAUCGAGAAUUUGAUAUAUACAUCCAUGGCGAUAUCUCAUGCUCAGUCUUUGCUGCUUCUUCUCCUUGUCUUACCUGCUGCUUUGGGCGUCAAGUUCCAGAAGUGCACUAUAACUGGUGAUGAUUUCAUUAAUGUCAAGACUGUAAAGAUAUCACCAGACCCGGUUAAACGCAGCAGUAAUGCAAGCAUUACGAUAACCGGUUAUACAAGCAAAAAGGUCCCUGAUGGAGCAAAUGUGAAUUUUGACCUUUCGAUAUAUCUUCCGGUCUCUACUAAACGUUACUCACUCUGUGACGUAACGGCAUGCCCUGUUGCACCUGGCCCCUUCGUGAUUACUUUACCUAACGUACUCACUGAUAACGAAAAAAAACGAGCAGUAAGUUUUGCUUUUUACACACAACACUAG